CGUUGUACCAUUAUGACGUAACAGUCUCUAAGCGCGUGGUUACUGGCAUUGCCGCGUUCAUGUUUGAUGCUUUCUCGGCAUGGGUGAACAUUCAAGGAAGGAUUAUCUAUUCAUGAAGAAAUUGGCGUGAUAGAAUCAUCAUGACCACAAAACUAGAGAUUCAAGAAGAACUGCGUAAGAAGCAGUUCCAAGCUCGUGUGAUGCACGAGCGAAGGCGUUCGAGCCUCGGAGCUGAAACAGCAUACGAUGCUGAACGAAUCUCAAAGGAACAAGAAAAGCUACGUAAACAGCAUGAACGCCUAGAAAAUGCGAAAACCCACCACAAAAAACACUCAUUCCUGACUAAGGAUCGAAGAUUGUCCCUUACAGAUGACAAACUACCAGACGUUCUUACACCAUCGACUACACCAGACAUACAGUCAAAAAGUGCACACUCACCAGACUAUACAAAAACAAAGUCAAGACUGUUCGACUACGAGAGAUUAGCUUCGCCGCGAGGCAGACGACAGCUGAUGACAAGCGCGGAAGGAAGUCCGGUGCAGUCUCCAUUACCACCUCGUACUAUUGCUCCUAAGUCAUCGCACGCAAUGGAAGCCCGCAAAACGAGCCACACGGACACUGUGAAGAAAAUUGCACGAGUGCCGCAUGGUAGCACAGCAGAACUGGGAAAGAAACCGUCUUCUAGACAAAGCCUUCAUUCUGAAAAUAAAGUCCGUUUCAAAGAAGACCAUAUGCCUGCAUCGCCAUCUUCAAACGAGCGCACGAGGCGUGGUUCCUUACCGACGUCCUUUCCGUCACCUUUCCCACAAAAAAGGCGAGCCUCGCUCCCGGCAUCUGGCUUUGAACCAGUAAAACCUCCAUCUCGACAGCGACGUCACUCAAUGCCAGCAAACACGAACCUGUUGCCUAAGAUAAUAGUUGAUGAGGCUCCGAAUCUGUCCCCUGAUUUAGACGAACAAGAGACACGGCUUACAGCGCUGUAUAACAAGGCAAUUCAAACUGUCCAGUUAGCAGACGAGACGUUAUUAGCUGCCAAUAUAAAAUAUCUUGAUAGGCCAAACAUGCACCGUCUUUCUCUUGGAUCUCCAUCAGAUAAAAUAUCAGGGUCUGGCUUUGGCCUCGCAACGCUCAAAGAACUUGAAUCAAUUCUCAGCGACGCCAGGGUGUAUUCAAACAGGAAAGGAUCCCGAAAAGAGUACAGUUGCCUGGAUGGGGCUACAAAAAGGGCACAAAAGAAACGUAUUGAACACCUAGAACAAGUUUUGAAGAAAUUGAAUCCAACGUACGAUACGAGUGUUGACAUUGACCCACUUAAGGUUUUGCAAUGCAGCUAUCUCCGACUGUCAAAAUCUAACGUUGAAACGCUUGAAAAGAUGAGUAGGGAGCAAGGUAAAGAUUCAGGUAUACAUAUCCAUAUGGACGUCACUGAUUACGACAUUUGGAAGAAUUUGAAAGAAGAACGUACAGACCUGAAAAAGCCGGAACCGGAAGUAGACGAAAUCCAUUCACCUCGAAAACAGAAGAUAUUACAUACUUAAUUUGAGAUUUUUAAUCGGGUUAUUUUUUGUAUUGAUUAGAACACGAUUUGAUUUGUAAAUAGAUAUUACCUCUGUUAUUAUACAUGCAGAAAAAAAUACAUAACUUAUGUUAUUUUAUGCACCAAAAUUUUACCCAGAAAUUUUCCUGUGAAAAUAUAUGCUUAGGUAAUAAAAUUUACACGAUUUAA